CCUCUGGCACCAAACUAACUGUUCAACGGUUCCCACAUUCAAACUAUCCAAUGAUAGCUAACCAUUCCCUAUAACUACCCGUCCUCUCUCAAACACUAUAAAUACUGUACUACAGUAUACACAUACUUUAGUACAGUGCCAGCCGUCAUACACAACAGUCAUACCUGACUCUCACAUAUCAUACUGUACUCACAUCAUACAUGUGCUCCACUGAUAGCACCAUUUUAACCAUACAAUCCAUUGUAUCCUCAAUUGUCUUAAACUAAUCAAUAAAUUGUUAUAAUUAUCUUAUACCUGUGUUAAUCAUACGAUUCAUUACCAUCGCUAUUAUCAUCAUAGAAACGAUCACUUCAAGAGUCCAACCGGUUGUUCACAUCAUUAAAGACAUACAUACAACCCGGUUGUCCAUCAACUCUAACCUACCGUUCCGUAUCGCGUGAUAUCAAGAGAUAGUACAGACAUCCAGAUUGGGAUCAGCUCUAGCUUUACGCUUGGCCACCACUACUGCAAGUGAUCUACCCUUUUAUCAUCCGAUAGGUCUCAUACCGACCCUUCAGGUGAUAAUCUAUAAGGAAUUGGUUGAUAAUCGGUUGUAGGCCUCAUACCGACCCACGCAUAACAACCGGUGCUCUCCUAUUCCUCUAAGUUGUGUCCAAACAUACAAACUCAGGCACAACAAUUGGCGCAGUCGGUAGGAUCAUUAAAAGAUCCAUAUCUUCGCGUAUUGGAUGACGACUAUCAAUACAGGGUUCACUAGAUACGGAACUCCAUAUCUUCGACGAGAUAUCUCAACUAAUAGCGAUUCAGACAACACAGUAACCAACAACACAUCAGACAUGUCCAUCAAUGGUGAAGACAACGAUACACUAAAUCUGGUUAAUGCCAUCGCAGACAACACAACCGGUAUCUCAUCUAAUUGUGUACCAAUCGGUACAACCGGUAACUCAGCCACCAACGGAUCCUCUACCACUGGCUCAGCACCGAUGCUCUCAGUGAAGAUACCAAAGUUUAAUGGUACUAAAGACUCAUCUCUACGUAUCGAAGCAUUCCUCUUAAUCUUCGACAGAGUCUUCGCUCAUCUCACAGAUGAUAACAAACUCAUCAAAAUCGUUGAGUUCCUCGAAUCAGACGCAGCCAACUAUUACGGCUCAGACCUACUCAUCGACACAUCCAUCAACUGGAUCAAAGCUAAGCAACUGCUUACCAACAGAUAUACCCGACUGGACAUUCCUCCAGAAGUGGCCGCCAACCGCCGGCGCCAACAACGAUCGGAGUCAAUCCGCGCAUACUUCGAUGAUAAAAUGGAGAUUUUAAGACGCCUCCAAAACUACACCGACAAUCAAAGAGCAAACCUACUCACGGAAGGCCUACUCCCUGAAUACCGUGAAUACUUCUAUGGCCGACGCUUCAAGACUCCCAGUCAAUGGCUCGAGAUGGCUCAGGACAUCGAGACCGACAAGCAACGAACCGGUAACCGCAUCAACCGACCUCACGGAUCAUCACAUUACACAGAUGACAAACGAAAUGACAACCGGUUACCUAAACGCGACAACAAAGACAAACUACGUCCGCCCUAUUCCUGCCGCAUCUGCAGAGAUCUUGGCAUCACUUCAUGGCAUUACCAUAAAGAUUGCCCAAAUAAAUCUUGUCCUCCAGCAGCCAUCAAUCCAAACACAGGAUCCACAGACGGUCCACCUACUCGUAUAACAGCCGCAUCAUCACAUAUAAUACGUAGUAAAGUCAUGGCUACCGAAGCCACACCACUGGAUAUGAUAUUGAUCCCGGGCCGCAUCAAUCGGUUCGAGUUAUCAGCAUUCGCCGAUCCCGGAUCAACUGUAGACAUCAUACCAUUAGAUGUCGUCAAACACCUCCGACUCCAUAUCGACCGCCGCCGCUCUACCGACGUAUCACUGGCGCGUGGAUCAGCUCGUACUCUCGGAGAAGUCACAUUUGACUUAACCAUCAAUCGGAUGACCCGCACCAUCAAAGCACAGGUCAUCAACGGAUUUCAUUACACAUUACUGCUAUCUCUCCAAUCUCUUGGCCAAUACGGUGUCAUCAUUGACACACAGACACAAACCGUAUCAUUCAAAUGGCAACAACAGAGAAACUCAUCCACUUCAGGGACAUCAACCGGUUACUGCAAUCUCAUCAGUCGUAUACCUUCUCCAAACCGGUUGCCUAACAAAUCCAAUGGCCAUAUAUACAAACAAAAGCACCGCAUCGUAAAGAUAGACCAACAGUCCACCGCACAGCGCACCCGUCAAUCGCAUCCAUUUGCAGCCAAAGCUGCACGUCAAGCGAAGGAUCACCAAAUCCAUGUUUCUCGGGACAGCCGUAACGCUUUACCGAUCACUUCGACGAUGAAUACAGACGGAAAACCUCGCUUGUGUAAAGACUACCGUCCAAUCAAUACGACUUCUAAUGCCGCAAAACCAUCGCAUCCAUACAAACAUCGGCAUUACUUAAGGGACAUCACACCUACUAUUACCGUUACACCACUACGCGCUGUACAUCCGGUUAUUCGCCCUCAACAGUCCCGACUCUCACGCAUCGAUACAUACAACAAACAUAUUUCCGGUAAUAUCCAUCGCAUCCCAUCCAACUCUCCCAAUCUACGAUUCCGUAACACACGACUCCAAUUACCGGACUCUCAACGCGGACAUCCAUCACAACCGGCUAAACGUCUCACUCCUGGUCCACAUCGUCUCACUCAACCGUUUAACUCUUUGACCAGUCUUAAACCGCCGGGGAGUGUAGUGUCCACUACAUUACCUUAAGCUAAUUUAGUUAUAAAGUAUUUUUUUCCUUAUACUUACCGGUUGCUGACCUCAGACCUCUGGCACCAAACUAACUGUUCAACGGUUCCCACAUUCAAACUAUCCAAUGAUAGCUAACCAUUCCCUAUAACUACCCGUCCUCUCUCAAACACUAUAAAUACUGUACUACAGUAUACACAUACUUUAGUACAGUGCCAGCCGUCAUACACAACAGUCAUACCUGACUCUCACAUAUCAUACUGUACUCACAUCAUACAUGUGCUCCACUGAUAGCACCAUUUUAACCAUACAAUCCAUUGUAUCCUCAAUUGUCUUAAACUAAUCAAUAAAUUGUUAUAAUUAUCUUAUACCUGUGUUAAUCAUACGAUUCAUUACCAUCGCUAUUAUCAUCAUAGAAACGAUCACUUCAAGAGUCCAACCGGUUGUUCACAUCAUUAAAGACAUACAUACAACCCGGUUGUCCAUCAACUCUAACCUACCGUUCCGUAUCGCGUGAUAUCAAGAGAUAGUACAGACAUCCAGAUUGGGAUCAGCUCUAGCUUUACGCUUGGCCACCACUACUGCAAGUGAUCUACCCUUUUAUCAUCCGAUAGGUCUCAUACCGACCCUUCAGGUGAUAAUCUAUAAGGAAUUGGUUGAUAAUCGGUUGUAGGCCUCAUACCGACCCACGCAUAACAACCG